UCGUUGUGUGUGGCCCACAGGCGUCGGCCAAGUCUUCGAGCCACCAUGGCUCGGGCGGGUCGAGCCUGCAGGAUAUCCGGAACAUGUGGACCACGGCUACUCUGUCUCAGCCGAAGCUGAAUGUGCAGCUGCCCACGGUCCGUGAGGACUCGGAACUGGAGGUUAGCGUAAGCGCUAAGACUCUCUGGUUUUACGACGAGAAGGCUGGCCACGACGCAGAGGGUGGCUGGGAAGCAUCCGACGGCGGAGAGGACAAGGACCGCUUCAAGCCAGAAGAGCCGGAGGAGCUGGAGCUUGGCGGCGAUAGCUCCCAGGGAAGCCGUUUAGAGGAGGACCAUUCCAAGACCGACAACGAAAAGCCUUCCUCAGUGUCAUCGCUCGAUAUCUCGAGGCACACACCCCAUCGAGCCUACUGGGUGGAACAGCAGAGCAGGCUGCCCCUGCCCCUGACUGAACUGAUGGAGAAUGAAGCUCUGGAAAUACUCACCGAAGCCCUCCGGAGUUACCAAUCAGAGAUCGGCCGGGGCCAUACCCUGACCAAACAGCUGCAGCGAUACAUCGAGGGGCUCAAAAGGCGCCGGAACAGGAGGCUGCAAGUCUUGGCGAUCUGAGAGCACCGCCUCGGGUUCCAGCGACUGCCCGACUCCAGCCCUGGUCCCUGUCCAGUCCCCAGAUCCAAGCCCGACCCUGCCCACGUGGAAUUUGAGCCCUUAGAGAAAUAAAAGAAUCUGUACA